CGCUGGCAGGAUUACUAGUAAGAACGAUAUUUAUUCCCCUCCACAAUUAGUAGUGACGGUGCUGUCAAAUGCCCUUGAGCUCUACUGAGCAUGCUCACUUUUCUGGUGGUGUUCAUUGCAUUUGAUUCUUUAGCUGAAGCCUCUCUCUCCCCUUCAUUGCUUUUAUAUGCAGACAGAAGAGACGGUAACCAAAAGAGAAUCUAUAUUAUUCCUCCUGCACACUCCAUAAACUGACAACAUUUGGGUCUGUGUUUCUGGAUUCACAGUCCUAGUUACCUGAGGAAAUGGAUACUUCACCUUCCAAACAAUAUCCAGUAAAAAAACGAGUGAAAAUUCAUCCUAACACAGUGACAGUGAAAUAUACUUCUCAUUAUCCACAGCCUGGAGAGGAAGGGUAUGAAGAAGCAAAUGAAGACAAUGAGAUUUUUGUGGAAGAUAAUCCAAAGAGAAGACUGCUGAGUAAUGGCCAGCGAAGAGGAAGGUCUUUCUUUGGCACUAUUGAUAUCCCAUCUCAGGAACCACAAAAGCCAGAGGCUAAUAAGAGUGGGCAAGGCCAAAGUUUUGUAGACAGAAGCUUUUUUCAGUCCAGAAAUACUUGGGUAGUGCUUUUUGGAUCUGCUUUGGCCCAUGGUUGUGUUGCCCUGAUAACUAGACUUGCUUCUGAUCGUUCCAAAGUGCCAUCUCUAGAACUGAUCUUCAUUCGUUCUGUUUUACAAGUGUUUUCCGUCUUAGUUGUGUGCUACUACCAUGAGGAACCUUUCGGACCAAAAGGAUACAGACUGCGGCUGUUCUUUUAUGGAGUAUGCAACGUUAUUUCCAUUACCUGUGCUUAUACUUCCUUUGCAAUAGUACCCCCAAGCAACGGGACUACAAUGUGGAGAGCUACCACCACUGUCUUCAGCGCCAUCUUGGCAUUUUUAUUAGUAGAUGAGCGAAUGGCUUACAUUGAUGUAAUCACCGUAGUGAGCAGCAUCUUUGGUGUUUGCCUGGUCAUGAUCCCCAACAUUGUUGAUGAAGAAGAUUCUCUGCUGAAUAUCUGGAAAGAGGCCUUUGGGUAUACCAUGACAGUUAUGGCAGGCUUAACUACAGCUCUCUCCAUGAUCGUGUACAGGUCCAUUAAGGAUAAUGUCAGCAUGUGGACAGCACUGUUUACCUUUGGUUGGACUGGAACAGUGUGGGGAGCCUCAACCAUGUUUUUCCUCCAAGAGCCAAUAAUUCCACUGGAUGGAACAAGCUGGGGCUAUCUCAUGGGCAUCUGCAUAUGUUCCACAGUGGCUUUUCUGGGUGUCUAUUAUGCCUUGAACAAAUUUCAUCCAGCCUUGGUCAGCACAGUGCAGCAUCUGGAGAUUGUGAUAGCCAUGAUCCUUCAGCUCCUUGUGUUACGCAUCUUCCCCAGUAUCUAUGAUAUGAUUGGGGGAGCAGUUAUCAUCAUUAGUGUCUUUUUCCUUGCAUGUUAUAAACUGUCUUGGAAGGACUUAAGAAAACAAGAUUAUGAGGAGAUACUAGAUUCUUGCAUUAAAUGAAUGCAAAGCUGUAUUCUGUUUACUGAUACCUACAAUUAAUAUUCAUUUGUGUAUUCCUUUUGUAUAGUGUUGUUGACAGCAUACUGCCAUUUCUUGUCUGAAUAUAAAAGGUUACAUCUGCCCUAGUAUAGCUCAGUGGAGUUGCACUAGAAAUUUCUGUCCUGUGUAGGAUAAAUGUUUUAAAAUGUUAAUGCUGUGAAAAUUAGAUUUUCUUCUUAACUAGUAUAUAAGAAAUGCCAAUAUUCGAUAUACACAACUCUGUCCUUUAAAAUAUGUCUCAUUAGAGUCUAGCAGGCAUAGUCAGACCCUAAUGUUUUUAUAUCAGACUAUGAUGUUCACUUGUGUAAAGCAACCAUUUGUAGGGUCUCAGGCAACGUAGUCUUCAGAAGGAAAUAGCAAACUAAGCCCCUUAGCAUCUCACAA